AUGUCGCUUCCCAGUAUUCUCAUCGACAUUGCGCGCAACCCUUGGCUCUCCGUUGGGGCCACGGUUGUGCUCGGCGCAACUGUCGCUAAGGUCAGCAACAACGACCGCGCGCACGCAUACUACGCAUCGCUCUCAAAACCGCCAGGCAACCCCCCGACGUGGGCGCUCGGUCCUAUCUGGGGAACGCUGUACGGUAUGUUGGGAUAUGCUGCCCAUAUCAUUGCCCUCGACACUAGUGGCGAGGCACAACGGGCACUGGGACUAUACUACGUCCAACUCUCUCUCAACUUCGUGUACAUGCCCAUAUUCUUCCAGGUACAGAGUCGGGAGGUCGCGUUGGCGGACAUUAUCGCUAUCACGUGGUUAACUUGGAAACUCGUCGAUGACACUCGCGGACUGUCCGGGCCAGCGUACCUCCUCCUCCUUCCAUAUGCCAUUUGGAUGCUUUAUUCGACGUACCUCAACAUCGGGAUGAUUUACCUCAACUCCAAGAAGGGCAAGACUGCGUAG